AUGGCUUCUCUCACUCCCGGAGUUCUCUCUAACCUUCUCGAUAUCGCCGCCGGAAACUCUGUUUCUUCGCCGCCGUUACUCUCCUCUCACCGUUUACCACUCCUCCAAGUCAUAGAGAUCGUACCUUGUCUCUCCGACGACCAACAAUGGCGUAGCGAUGGAUUCUUCGUCAAAGUCUCUGACUCUCUUCACGCAGCUUACGUUGCUGUUUCCGCCGGAGACGACGCCAAUUUGAUACGCUCCGAUGAUAUCCAGUUAGGACAGUUGGUUUAUAUCUGCGGUGGUUUACACGUCGAGAAAGGUUGUCCUGUUCCGAUAAUCCGUGGUCUGAAACCAGUCCCCAAACGAAGGCUCUGCAUUGGAAACCCUAAAGAUCUUGUUUCUAGCGAUUUAUUGCUUUCUUUUACUCAGUUCUCUGUUUCUCCGACCACUACGACGAAGAAGAAGAGUCUCGGCGAGACUACGAGGAGAUUAAGCUUGGAUUCCGCCGUGAGGAGGAGUUGUUGGGAUCAUUCUCCUCCGGUGACUCGCCGCCGUGACACGGCAUUGGUUCUUUCUUCCCCACGUCUCAAACCCAAAUUGGUUUUGAGUGAUAAGAAUCUGACAAAGAAUGAGUCACCACCAUGGAAACAACUUAACUGUGAAAGCCCUGCUUUUAGAAACAGAAAUGUGGUUAAGCCUCCUGCAUCACCUAUAACAAUGACCAAAUCUCCAAAAGAUGGUAACAAAUUGUUGUCUUCAAAGGCGGUGUCUUCUCAAGUUGCGGUUUUUAAGUUGCCUAUGACUUGGUCUGAUCAGAGAAUUGUAUGGAAUGGGCUCCCAAAAACCAUUCAAUUCCUCGGAAAGGAAGUUUCAUCUCAUAGGCAAGUAGCAGCUUCGACCGCAGUAAGCGCAUUGGAGGAAGCAUUUGUCAUGGAGUCUGUUCUACUCAAUUUGCAGGCCUUUGCCGAGUUGUGUGAUUCUUCGAAGAAAUUAUCUGCCGGACAAGUUGUGUGCCGGUUCUUAGACAUCUACCAAAGUACACAGAAUUCAGGCAAAGCGGUCCAUCUGUUACUUACUCACAAUCGAAACAACGGCUCGUGUAGAUCAGCAGGUAAUAGGAAUGCAGCAUCUUGGGUUCAAGCUGCGGUAGUGACCGGUUUUUCUCAAUUCGACUUAUUCAAAGAGCAUGGAAAGCAAGAGGAUGAUGCUGUUCAACAAGACCAUCAUCACUACAUUGUUCUACAAAACUCCUCCGAGAAACUGAAUCCUAAGGAGACAAGAGGUCCAAGGAAACUAGCUUACAAUGGUGUGAAACCGUCUUCUAAGAUGAAACAUUGUUCUAUUUCAGACACAAGUAACUUGGAAGGUAAAAGCAAGUUGAAGGAGUCGGCGAUUCUAGCGGACGAGCUAGUUCGAGUUUCUAGCCUCUGGUUCUUGAAAUACUUGGAGAGUUCACUAAACAAAGGGUUGUUCUCGGUGAAGAAGGAAGAAGCAAAUGGAAAAGAGUCUCUUGUUAUCCACCUUAAAGCGGUAAACCGUUGGCUCGAUGAUCUGAUCUUAAGCAGAACGGAAACAAGCGAAAAAGUCGAAUAUUUAAGAAAGAAGCUACAACGGUUUCUACUUGAACAUAUCGAAUAUGCAAUGGAUGGAACUCGGUAA